AUGCGUAAUUUAAUAUUUAUUAUAGGCGUGUUUUGCGUAACCGAGGGCGGAAACUUGAUAAUUUCACCAAUAACCGUGUGGACGGUGUUGGCGGUCAUAGCUGAAGGUGCUACACAUAACACACUAAAGGAAAUAGGUAGUGCAAUUCGAGUAAAUCCAAAAUAUAAAGAUAAAGUCAAGCAAGAGUACCAAAGCCUCCUUCACUGGCUGCAAGUUAUUACACCUACAAUUGAACUUCAAAAAUUUAAUGCCUUAUUUGUUGAUGAUCGAAACAGACCCCUGAAAGAUUUUCAAGAUGUUGCCAAAGAUUAUGAUACUAGGAUGAUAAGCGUCAACUUCACAGACUCAGAGAGGACUUCACAAUUAGUCAACACUGCCAUUAACACUGUUACACAUGGGCGCAUACCAGCAUUGGUCAGCAGUGCAGAUUUAGAAAGUGCUAAUUUACUGUUUAGUAAUAUAUCAUUAGAUACAGUGUUUGAUGAAUUAAAGGUAGCAGUCGAAGAAUAUGGAGACGAUGAAGUUGAUUGCUUUGUCCCAAGAUUUAAGAUAGAAUCCAGUCUCUCUAUGAUACAAACCACUAAA